AUGGAAAUUGAUAAUGAAGAAAAUAUUAUCGUUCCAUUAACAGAACAAACAAGUCCGGUAGAAUUAUCUCCAACAAUAGUACAACGUUUCUCGGGAAUAUUUUAUGCAUUAUUAUCAGCAUUUCUUUUUACAAUUUCAGUAUUUAUAACAAAACAAUUAGAAGUUGAAUUACUCUCUGCAUUAAUUCCACGUUUUCUUAUUCAAACUGUUUCAUUAUUUAUUUAUAUGAAAUUUAUUAAACAUUAUUCACUAUAUAAACAAUCGGAAAAACAAGAAAUAUUAUUUUUAAUAUUUAAUGUUUUUUGUUCAGCAACUGGUUUUCUUGCUUUUUUCAUUGGAUAUCGUUAUUUACCAUUACCAGAUUUAACAACGAUACGUUAUACACAAGUUAUUUGGACAGCAAUAAUAACUUCAAUAAUCUACUGUGAAAAACCAUCUAUACCAAUAAUAUUAGCAAGUUUAUUAACAACUGUUGGUGUUAUAUGUGUUGCACAACCGAAUUUUUUAUUUGAAAAAACUUCUAAUAUAACAAUAUCUUCAACUGAUCAUGAUCAACGUUUAAUAGGUUUAUCAAUUGCAUUAUAUGCUUCAAUAUCAAUGUCAUUAAUGAUAAUAUCAAAUAAGCAUUUAUUAGUAAAAUAUAAAACAAAACAUAGUUUAAUAAUGUUACAAUUUGCAUUUGUAUCCUUAUGUAUAUCAAUUAUUUAUUGUUUUUACAAAUAUUAUUUUCUUUCCGAUAGAAUUCAAUCUUUAAAAAAAGAUUUUUUUAAUUGGAAAUAUUUAUGUGCUUCAUCAGUUUGUUUACUACAAAUAAUUUCAUCAAUAUUAGUACAAAAAGCAAUUAAACGUGAACAUCCAUCGAUAUUUACAAUUGUUCAAGCUAGUGAUAUUUUAUUUUCUAUUCUAUUACAAAAUAUUUUUGCAUCAAUGAAAUCAAAUUUUUUAUCAUUAUUUGGUUCAUUUCUUGUUUUAAUUAGUAUAUUAAUUAUAAGUGGUUUUAAAUUUAUUAAUGAAAAAAGAUCAACAGUACGAACAUAA